AACUUGAAACUCAACAAUCCUAAAAUGUUCAAUUCUUGGCCUAUCAUCUCAUAUAUACUCUUGAUCAGCUUUAAAUUUUGCUUAGCAGAUAAUCAAAACCUUCAAGAUUUCUGCCCAGCAGCCUCUACAUCAUCAAAUAAUCUUAACACCCCAAUUUUCAUCAAUGGAUUUCCUUGCAAGAAUCCAGCAAAUGUAACAGCUUCCGACUUCAAAACCUCGAUCCUUAAAUCGGCUGGAGAUACCGAUAACUUCUUGCUGUCCUCCGUGAAUAUCGUUACCGCUGCUGAAUUCUCGGGACUCAACACUCUAGGGCUUGGAUUGGCGAGGACGGAUUUGGAGAUUGAUGGUAUGGUGACCCUACACUCUCACCCUCGCGCUGCUGAGAUGCUCUUUGUAAGCAAGGGGGUUGUCACGGUUGGAUUUAUAGACACUAGAAACAAUGUGUUCCAGAAGAUACUUAAGGAUGGUGAUGUGUUCAUCAUCCCAAAAGGUAUGAUCCAUUUCUGUUACAAUACAGGGUUUGAGUCUGCCAAAAUUUUCUCUGUCCUCAACAGCCAGAACCCUGGCCUAAUUGACCUAUCAGGACACAUAUUUGGUUCUAACUCCGAGGCUGCUGCAAAUAUGAAGAAAAGAAUAAUUCCCUCUUUCCAAACAAAGGCAGAUUGCCAUACUUACCGAAUUACUUCAGACCAGCACACAGAAUUAUAAGAGAGGAUUCGAUUAUCAUAUUUUCAUAAUCUUAAAUUUUUUUUCUAAAGGUGUGCUUGCAUGCUACUGUACAAAUCUGUAUACAAGUAAAGAAUUAGUGUACAAUUCUACAGUUGAAUCUGUAUUCCAUUUUUCGAGUGUAUAAGAAUGUCACAGUUGUU